UCGAGAGCGGCAGCGCUGAGAGAGGCCGCGGCUCGCGCCGGAGAACGAGAGCAGCGCGCGCACCGCCCGUUCGCUGUAGUAUGGCAUCGAGGAGAAUGGAGACCAAACCCGUGAUAACGUGUCUGAAAACCCUGCUCAUCGUCUACUCCUUCGUGUUCUGGAUCACGGGGGCCAUCCUCCUCGCUGUGGGACUAUGGGGGAAGUUCAUGCUCGGGCCGUACAUCUCCCUGAUCGCUGAGAACUCCACCAACGCACCGUACGUCCUCAUCGGCACCGGAACCACCAUCAUCGUCUUCGGGCUGUUCGGCUGCUUCGCUACCUGCAGGGGAAGCCCAUGGAUGCUCAAACUGUAUGCGAUGUUCCUCUCGCUAGUGUUCUUGGCUGAGCUGGUGGCUGGCAUCUCUGGGUUUGUUUUCCGUCACGAGAUUAAAGGCACAUUCUUGAGGACCUAUAACGAGGCCGUGCUGAACUACAAUGCGCAGGAUGAGAGGAGUCUGGCUGUGGAUAACGUGCAGAGGAGUCUGCGUUGCUGUGGUGUGUUGAACUACACGAGCUGGUUCAACAGUGUUUAUUUCCCCACUAACGGAAUUCCCCCCAGCUGCUGCGCCAACAUUUCCGACUGCAACUCCUCAGACCUGCGCAACGCCACCAUAGCGGCUAGCAAAGUGCACCAGCAGGGCUGUUAUGAGCUGGUGACUUCCUUCAUUGAGACUAACAUGGGCAUCAUCGCCGGAGUGACGUUCGGCAUCGCCUUCUCACAGCUCAUCGGGAUGCUGCUGGCAUGUUGUCUGUCCCGGUUUAUCACGGCUAAUCAGUACGAGAUGGUGUAGCAGAGUGGCCGUAGGAAGCUGUGAAGAGGGCAUAACGUCAUUUCGAAGACCUGGGAAGGAAACCCAAGAUACUAGCACACUCCAUUCUUCUUCUUCUUCUUCUUCUUCUCUUCUUCUACCUUUCUUUUGUCCUUCCUUUUUCCUCUGCCUCGCUCUGUCCUGGUAGUGUAUCAUUCCUAACUGUGCAUUUUGUGUGCCAGCUUCUCUUUCAGAAAUCCUUAACUUUACUCCACACACACACACACACACACACACACCGCUCUGUACAAAGCCAUGCAUGCUGAAGCAGUUCCACUUAAACCCAACCUGCGUUUUUAUCCAUUAACCGAACUCUAAUUGACGUCAGUGCGUCGUAGCUAUAGUUCUUUGUCUGAUACAGUUUUAAGGAAAAAUAAAUAUAAAUAAAUAUGAUGAAAGUAAUACUAGUUUUUUUCAUUGUCGUCGUUGCUGUACGUACGCUGUAGUGACGUCUUCGGAGGAGAAAGGUUACGUUUCGUUCGGUUCGCUUUUUCUCGAUCUUGCUGCCAUUUUCCGAGUGCCAUUUUUUUAAAUCCCGCCGGAGCUGUACAGAGUUUUUGUGCUCGUCCUGUCUAUCCGAUGCGGCUGUAGCUAGUUUAUACUAGCGGGAUGAUGACAUACGAAGGUAUAACGUGAUAAGGAAAUACGAAGUGGUUAUAUCGUUAACGUUACGCUAUAACGAUAUAGAUGACGAAGCUUGUUCUUUCAGUCCGAGAUCACUGCAGUAAAUAACGGGAAGAAAUACUGAAACUGCUGAAAGCGGAAAUAAGGAAAUAAGGAGAUCAUACUGAUAAAUAUUAGAUGCAAAAACAUUAUUUCCUUUAAAAUAUUGAAAGUUUUGCACCAACGUAUGAGAGGAAAAUCAGACGUAACAUCUACACAGGUCUUAUAAUGUUGUGAUAUUCUGUGAUAUUGGAUUGUACGAUUAACAUACAGUGAAUUUCGCCCACAGUUUUAGCCCUAAAUUUGUAAUAUUUUGUAUGAAAUUGAUCUUAUUUGUAUUAAAUCUGACAACGUUUUUGUCAUUCUAAUGCCAAACCCAUAUUUUUAUGCAAAAGAAUUUAUUUUAGUAACUAAGCUAGCAUGCAAAGAUAGCUAGUUUUAGUAACUAAGAUAGCAUGCAAAGAUGGCUAGUUUUACUAACUAAGCUAGCAUGCAAGAUGGCUAGUUUUACUAACUAAGCUAGCAUGCAGAGAUAGCUAGAUUAGCAACUGACAUAUGCUAGUUUGCCUGCCGAGUUAGCUAGAGAGCUCAACAUCCACCCACAUUUUCCGUUCCGAAGUGUUUAAAGUGUCCAAACUGCGAGAUGAAUCACAACCUCAUGAAAAUGAUUCCUAAGCAAAAGAAAUUUAAAAAAAAAAAGGCAAGGCUGUAUGCAUAUUGUCUUUAAUGAGAAGAAGGAACUACUGUUCCCAUAAUGCAUUGCGAAUGCGAAUUAUGUCACCGAAUUGUUUUUUUCGUUUACUUUUCACAAAAAGAGAGCUUUUUAACAAAAAUGGCAUUCCAAUCCCGCAAUCCAAGAUAGCGUGGCGUCGAUACAUACUCCACAUCUCCAUGGAUACGGUAACAUCUCUGAGUGGUGGAAUUCUGGGUAAUGUGGUACAGACACAAUGCUUUGAUGAUUAAAUGCUAUUUUGUUAAAAUUUUUGUUGAAAUUUGACUGACUUAAGGCUUCGACAGGAGCGUAUACUGUCGUUUUAACAGUCUUGUAGCUUGCGGUAAGUCGAUCUUAUCAGGUUUAAAAAUGAUCGCAAAUUCUGUAGGGGGAAAUUUUGUAUUUUUUUUUUUAUUCUUUACUUCCAGAAACUCAGUUGAGUUUGAAGGAGUUCAUUCUAGCUAGCUGACUAGCUGAUGAAGCUUUAUCCAAGUGGAAAUGUAUCGAUUAAACAAAACAGUUCCACAUAGUAACCUUACUCAAAAUUUCUGUUAUUAGGAUAUUAAUUUUUUUAAAGCUAUAUAUCCAUAUAUACACUUCGGAGAGAAGCGUAUCGGAAUCAAAAUUUCACUCUUAAAACGAGCAAAUCAAAGACGAGCAUUGCGUGCGAGAAUUUCACUUCGAGCGUACGUUAAUCGAGUUUAGUCCGCGUACUGCGUACACAUUAUAGCACGUGGUAUAUAACGUUAAUGUCGUAUCACAGAACGGUUUCCGAAACACUGGAUGUGUGUUAACAACAGAAAUUACAUCUUAGUAAGAAAAGUUACUUUGUUAAGAUGACGGAGAGGAUUAAAAUUAGCGGUCGAAGUUUCAUGUGAGUCUUAAUUCAUAUGAAGCUCAAGGACCCGGACAUUUUGUGUGCAUCAGGUGAAGAAGAAGAACAGGAACUGAAAUGUGUUCUAACAGCUCGAUGAUCUCUCGGUGCCUGAUUAGCGGUUUUCUGAAAUAUUUGCAGAUAUUUCUGUCUCGCUAAUCUCUGAUAAUCGGCUCGGAUCAUGUGACGUGUUAGCCAAGCUGUCACGUGUCUGGAUUCUUUUGAGGCAUUGAUUUGCAAUAUUGAAUCAGUCAUGAGAAUGAAAUCAUCAUGUGACUGUUUUAGUAAUAAAUAAAUAAAUAAAUGGACGCCAGUGAGUUUUCUUGGACAGACGACAGCAAAACUGUUGAGGUUUUUUUCUGUUAGGUAAGUCUACUUAAACAAAAACUAAAAUUAUUCGCUUUCUAGUACGCAAAUAUGCUAGUUAGCUACUGAGCAACUAACAAACUAGUUAACAAGUUAGCAAAGCUAGCUAGCCUGCUAGGUCAGUUUGGGAUUUUCAUUCUGACAAAAACUAGGAACUAAUUUUAGUCACAUUUUAGAGCACAAAUACGCUAGUGAGCAGAUGUGGCUAGUUAAAAGGUUAGCUAAGCUAGCUUGGCUAAUGGUUGUGUGUUUAGAAAGUUUGCUAAACUUACUCAAAAUGUUUUCCCUUUAAGAAACAAAAUUUAGAAGUGUUUUUACAGGAACGGAGAGCGGCUGUGAUCUCGGACUGAGCUGUGGCGUGUGGUGAAGUUCAGGCUGCUAGCUCCAUAUUUAAAUCUGUGUUUGUGACAUUUUGGGUUUUGUUUUGAUAUUCUUUAUCGUUUUAUUAAGAUUAAUAUGACUAUGUAAUGACUUGUGUUCUAUAAUGAAUUAUGCUUUUACAGCUUCCCCUAGUUUCAGUGACUCAUUCAGUAUUAAUUAGUGGAUAAACGCGAUAAAUAGUCUGUGAAUACGCAACAAACGGAUCAAACCGCGUGAUCCAAAACCGGACGAGUGUACGGAUAUUGACACUUUGUAUAAUAAAAAUGUAACUUUUUAAAAACGCAUCACCAGCUAGCAUGUGAGCAAAAAUGUCUGUUGGUAUUGUAAACAACUGUGAUAUCUGUUAAUAAAAAUGGUUAUUUCAUCGUUAACAGUUA